AUGGGGACCAUGUACGACUCAAGGACCUUUGUGCACGAGGCAUCCUAUCCGUCCAUGACGGAGAUGGACCACGACCACGACCACGAUCGGCCUGGAGACGGCGAUGGCACCGACAGAUUCGGCGAGACUGAUGUUUCCGAGCUUGCCAACUAUAACCCGACUCCAUCGUCACUUCUAGCGCCCGAACGAACAUCCUUGGAUGAUUCCGAAGAGGCCCGAUCCAUCCUGCUCCAGGGCAGUUCGCGCUUAGAGCUUCCUCCGACCUCUCCUCAAUCCGUGAUACCUUCUUUGGCGCCCGAGUUGGCGAAGCUUACCACCGACCCGGGAGCUUCUGUCGCGCCAGGCCUUGCGCACGACAUCGCGACUCAGCUUGCGCCUGCCCUCGGUUCUGCGACCUUGCCCCCCUCGACACCGACAAUGACCGCCAUGAUUGAUACAAGGACGAGGUCGAUUGUGUCUUCACGUACCAAGUCGAAUCCGGCCGCUGCUGCGCGCUUGAAGCUUAUUGCAAAGCCCGAUCGUGAAGUGACCAAAGGGCCUGGAGGCAGGUUCUAUUGCACUGUGGAAGGAUGUACGGAAGUUCCAGAUGGCUUCAAGCGUCGCUCAAACACAUGGAUAAGCACGAAAGACCAUAUCGAUGCGAGCACGACAGCUGCGAGAAAUUGCCCGGAUUCACUUAUUCAGGUGGCUUAUGGCAAAGGCUUCUCGAGACAGGAAAACUUGAACGAGCAUCUGCGCCGAGUCCACACCGACGCCACCUCCCCUCCCGAAGACGGCCAUCCGAUUACCAGCGAUAAUGACAGUGAGCGUGGCCAGAAGCGGAAGCGACUGUUCAGCGACUCGGCGGACAAGGGUGACGAGGACAUGAACUUGCUCGAUGUGGUGAAGCGUCUACGCCAAGAGAACCAAGAAUUGCGGGAGGCUCUGCAACAGCAGCGCGAAACGCAAAUCACGAUGGUGGCUCAGAUUGCCGAUCUGCAAGGCGCGUUGCAGCUUAACGGGGCAAAUAUGAGCACCUCUGGCUAG